GUGCAAAUCCAUCUGGCUAUGUGCAAAUGGCACAGCUGUGGCAGAGUUGUAGUAACCAGGAAAGAAGUGCUCUUUGGGGUUUGUGUGGUGUGGGUGUGACACUGCGAGUGGAAAGAGCUGUAUCACACAUCACCUCAUCUUGGUAAUGGCUAUAAAAAGAGAAGUCAGAGCCAACAGCUCAGUUGUCUGACUCACCGGCUGAAAGGUGCAGAGCACGUUUUGUGAAGUGGGGCUGAACACAUGGCUGCUAGAAUGGAGUUGGGCAUCUCUGUGCUGUUGGUGGGACUGCUCAUGAUCUCUGAUUGUGUGACUGGGAAAAAGGCUGGAGCCAGGUACAAGAGGGGCUUGACGAUGCCUGGGACACUCUGGUGCGGUGCAGGGAGCUCUGCGGAUAACUUUACCAAUCUAGGUAUAUUUAAUGGGGCAGAUCUUUGCUGUAGAGAACAUGAUCACUGUUCCCACCAAAUCGAAGCAUUCCAGUUCCUGUAUGGAAUGAGGAAUUAUCGCCUGCACACAGUGUCACACUGCGAUUGUGACCAAAGGUUUAGACUUUGCCUACAUGCUCUUAAUGACACAAUCUCAACACUGGUUGGCAUCAUGUUCUUCAAUAUUUUGGAGAUGCCGUGCUUCAGUCUAAAAGAAGAAGAACAGUGUAUGGAGUGGUUCUGGUGGGGAGGAUGCAAAAAGUCUGAUUUGGUCCCGAAAGCUGAGCUACAGAAACAAGCUGUCUUUAACUAUACCCACCCUUCAGGCUUACAGGCAUCUAUAGCCUCUUUACAUGGAGACACACUAGCACCCACUUCCCCAAGAUAUACUCAGGCUCCACUUGUAUUUUCUACAGUCUUUGGUGGUAUUGCUAAGAAACGAAGAAGACUUCUAAAGAACAAACUGCAAGGAUACACUUUUAAAGGCUUCCAGAAAUUUAGAGAACGAGACAGCCAAAAAAACAGUGAAAGAGACAACCAAGACCUCCCUGAUAAAGCAAACCUUAUACCCAAAGUAAGCAAUGUGCAUACACAAAAACACAAGCAAAAAUGGACAGAAAUAAACAGUCUUCGACACACAGACACACUCAGCCAAGAACAAGGAGAGGCCAUUAAGGCCCAGCAAAUAGGGGCAGAAAGUGCUUUGGCACUAAAGACCAAAGUCUCAAAAGAUAGUGCCUACAGGGAUAUGGAGGAAGAGACACUCAAACACAAACACAAAGAGAAAGACAGGAGCAAAAGAAAGCAACGUGCAAGGAGAAUGAAAAAACAAAGACGCAGUAGCCCGGGUAAAACCCGCAACCUCAUCAAUAAUCCAUCUAAUGGUUCAGGGGAAGUAACACCCAUGUACAGGGCGAAAUAACUCAUAAGCACAUUGCAUCAUGACAACUGUGUGCAUCUGUGGAAAGAACAGUUCAAUCUGAACCUGCCUAUGAACUUACCUACAUUAUGCAGCAUAAUUGGUUCUUUGUACAGUGAUGACUUAUUCAUUGCAAAUGUUGUUAUUAGCAACAGAUAUUCCACAACAACAUAUUCCUCAGCACUGUACAAUAGAUGGGUGUAAAGAGUGCCUUUCUCAAUGGUGCUUACAGUCUAAAACAAGAAGGGGGUAAAAGAUGUGUGGGGGGACAAGACCAUGAGUUACAAAAGUGAGGUAUGUGAGUGAUAUUUGGAGAUUGAUAGUGACAUAAAAGUGUACACUAAAUGCUAUGCUAGAUGAAGGUAAGCUACUCUAAAGAAAUGCUUUAAGAGAUUGUUUAAGGCCAUGGGCUUACAGAGCGUUAGUUCAGCUGCUCUCAGCCUGUGUUUUUGUUCAGGCUGAGGGAAGUGGAUCUGCUCCAUACAACUGAACUGCUUCUGAACUGCAGAGCAGAGAGGAAGUUGUCCUGAAAAUACCUGCAUUUGUGUAUUUUGCCAACCUCCGCUCCAUUAUGCUGCUAGUAACUGCAUGGAACGGAAAAGAUUUAAUUGUAUGGAGCUGGGGAAAAGAGCUGAUGCACUUCUCCCAGCAUGAAGAUACACAGGCUGAGAACAGUGGAGCCACAACUCUGUGUGUUCUUGGUCUAAAGGCAGAGAGAUUGGGAGAAGUUGCAUGGAACAUGGGAUGAUAUCAAAGAGAAGGUGUGCAGUUCUAGAGAAGACUUUAAUGAGUGCAAAUAAAGAGGAACAAGUGAGGCGGUGAGGAGUAGAUUGCUGGAAGAUACUCACAUUUUAGUAUUUAAUACAGAGACGUAUUUUCCAGUUAUCAUUUUUUUAAAGCAAAGGGUUGAGAAACUGUGGACUGCUUCUUACAGAGACCAAAGCAGCGGAUUGGUGGUCCAGUGAAGGUUGUGCUUUUUUGUAGAUUUUGAGCUAAGAGGGCCCAGCCGUUACUCUGCCAGAAAAACAUCUGCCUAAAUGAAUUUAUAGCAGUAGCUCAACAUGUGCACAAUAGUGGUACAAAUAAGCAAGAACUGAAAAGAACAACCACCAGGUCAUACAGAGUGUUUUUAUUCAUGUCAAUGAUCUGAUCAAACUGGGGGCUGAUCCUGUCUUGUUAAUAUCGGAAGGAGCCCUGAUAAGAUAGUGUCUGAAAAAGCAAUAAUUUUGGUCUUAUUUAUAGGAUUACUGGCUCUGCAACCUUGUCCAUUAAAUCUACUCAUGGCAUCAAAAGACACAACUAUAACAAAAGACUUAACUCCCUGAUAACCAUCAGUAAUUGUUCAUAGCUAACAAUGAAAACCUUUCAAAAGAUAAAAGGCAUUAUUUAUUCCCAACUCUGCCAGCAUAGUUAAAAUACCUAACCCAUAAAAACAGAGAUUAUGCUAUUCAAAAAGGGCCCCUCACAUUCAGCACUAGGUAGAAUUAUAUAGAUACAAUUAGUUAUAAUAACCACUCCAAUUCUCACAUAUCAAAUUGUAAUGACAAUGAUAAACAUACAUCAAAUGUCUUAAUCUGGCCAUAGACGCAAAGAUCCGAUCGUACGCAUCAUCAUACGACCGGACUUUCCCUUCUCCCGACCUGCCACUAACCAUUCCGAUCAAAUAAAGUAGUAAAAGAACAGAUCAGCCGAUGUUCUGCCCCUGACAGCAAUCGUACGAAAGUUAUUAUAGUGUGUAUAAAUUGGUGUCCCCAAGUUCAAAACCAAAGAUGAGGAAUUAAAUGUAGUAGUUUCAAGAUCCUCAUGGUCCCAAUGCACUUCAAAAACAACAUUAUAAAUGAGCACUAGUCCAAGCCCAAAGUGUGCUGUGAUUUAACCACAUAGUAUCAUUUGUUGCGACUUCUCCAGAUGUCUUAAAUCUUGUGUUGUUAUAAGGAUUUAUGUGCUGCAGUUUUGCAUAUCCGUAUAUGAAUAUAAACAGUGCCCGGUCUUCGUAUAUAUAAUAUAACAUGUGCCCAGAAAGUAUCUAAGUCAGAAACAAGGGUUAUACUUAUCCACUAUAAUACACCACGCGGCUCCUGUUCCAAUAGAGGAGUUAGAAUUGAGCUGAACUGCACAUUGAAAACAUUUGUGAUGGGCUAGCUAGAUUGUACAUGCAACUGGGGUUGUGAAAAAGAGUAAUAAUAAGUGACAUCUUGGGCACCAACUGUAUGGACAGGUUUUUCUUGAGUGAUUAAGAUAAAAAAGAAAAAAAACAUUGCUGAUGUACAGAUAUACAGUAUGUAGAUUAAAACACGUUCCUACAAAAUAAUAUUCCACAUCUCCCUGGUAUACACAAUGUAAUUAAUGCAGGAUGAACAGGAUCAUGUAAUUAUGUAUUCUACUCAUGUAAAUAUUUAUAAAUUAUGUAUAUAUAUACUGUAUAUGUGUGUGUGCUUAAUGCAUCUAUUAAAUAGUAUAUUACAUGGAAAGUGCAUCAUUUCAUUUUUUUUUACUAUGAAUGCCUGGAGUGCCUCUUAUUUCCAUUAAAAGGGUUGUUUACUUUUAAGUUUCAUUUUUAGUACGUUAUACAAUGUCCUGUUCUUAGCAUCUUCCUUUCACAUUCACAUUCUGCAUUUCCAGUGGGUCACUGACCCACAAACAGAAAAACUGUUGCUCUCUACAGUUUUGUUAUUAUUUCUUUGUUUGCCUUUCUC